AACGUUGUCUCGUUUCACUGUGUACUGUACACAUGGUUGAAAUGACAAUAAAGCCGUUGACUUGACUAAAUGAGAACUUCGGGACUCAAAUUACAUUUAUAAAGUAUUUACUAUUACAAGGCAGUAGUAUUAAACAUUUUACAUAGUGUUUAAAUUCUCACUUACAGUUCGACAUUGUAUAUAUUUACAAGGAGAGGCCUGGAAUUCAGAAUCCAAAGGGGCCACACGAGAAACUGGGACUGUUGUGGAAGGUCGCUUAUUCGUGCAGCCCCCCUCAACAGUCCUAGUUUCGCACAUGGCCCCUUUUGCCCCUGCUUUAAAAGUUUCAUUUUUCCAAAUUAAAUACUCAAGCUAAUUAUUGGACGCUAUGGGGGAAGUGGGGGAGGGGAUUUCAAAAUAAAAGCUCUAUGUGAGAUUUUUUUCUCCAAAAUAAAAGCCUCAUUUACCUCCUAGAAAGUUACCGGGAUGCCUUAAAGAUGUCAGAUAUUCAAAAGCAAAGCUUUGUAUUUAGCUUUGCUUCGUUAAAACAAAAAAAAAUAAUGUAAAUGCUCCGUAUCAGUCUUUGCAUCGGAUUAUUUGAUAAUCAGAAGCAACCGCUCUUGCUUUCCCUCCGAUGUCUGUGCGGCUUGAAGAACAAAGGGGCGUGGCCGCCGCUGUUCAUCGGGCACGCUCGCGGUUUGGAGGAUGGGAGAGAGGACGGCGCUGCAGAGGGAGGGAGCGAGGAGGAGGAGGAGGAGGAACUACGGGUGGAAAAAAAAGUUAAAGUGAAAAUGGCUUCCUUGUCUUUGGAGUCCACAGAACAAUCUGAGAACAGCACAGGGGAGCCAGCGGGAUCGGAGACCAAAGAAGAGAAAGAUCCACUCCAAAUUUCGGAACAAUUGCUCCAAAGUUUCCAAAAGUCGGCGCUGAGUUUUUCCACUGACCAGGUCUCAUGUCUGUGCGAGGCCCUUCUGCAGGCGGGCAAUGUGGAUCGCCUGUGGAGAUUUCUCUCCACUAUACCUCCUUCGUCCGAGCUGCUACGUGGCAACGAGACCCUGCUAAAGGCCCAGGCACUGGUGGCUUUCCACCGGGAGGAAUUCAAGGAGCUGUACGCCAUCCUGGAAAGCCACAACUUCCACCCGUCUAACCACGGGUUCCUGCAGGACCUGUACCUCAAAGCCCGUUACAAGGAGGCGGAGAGGUCCCGGGGCCGUAGCCUGGGCGCAGUGGACAAGUACCGGCUCAGAAAGAAGUUCCCCCUACCCAAAACCAUCUGGGACGGAGAGGAGACCGUGUACUGCUUCAAAGAGAAGUCCCGCAAUGCCCUGAAAGAGUGCUACAAGAGCAACAGGUAUCCCACUCCGGACGAGAAGAAAAACCUGGCCAAAGUCACCGGGCUGUCCCUCACGCAGGUCAGCAACUGGUUCAAGAAUCGCAGGCAGAGGGACAGGACCCCGUCCGGGACCCACAGCAAAAGUGAGUCCGAUGGGAACCACAGCACUGAGGAUGAGGCGAGCGCGAUGGACGACACUCCCGACAAACCAGACGAGGCUGCCGGCUCCACAGCUUCCAUCAUCUCUGUCUCUGCGGUCCCGUCCAGCACCGGAGGCCAGCUCAUCCUCAACGGGUCCAGCGGCUUCCUCACCGCCUCUUUGCUCAAUGGCAACUCCCUGAUCUCCAGCAGUGGUGCUGGGGUUAUAAUUAAUGGGAUAAAUUUAGGUGAUUGCCAGACCGUCACACUGAGUCCUGUUGGAACCAGCUCUCCUUUAAUACUGAACGGGGCUCAAGUAAUAACCAAAUCUGGGGUUGGUGUGCAGCAGCCACAGCAAGCUGUUUCUGGGGUGGAGCAGGAAGUUUCAGAAAUGGAGGCCAAGCCGAGCGGCGUUCCAGCAGUUGUUCUUAACACUAACGCCACGCCUGUCUCGAACCCCAUCAUUUCUCUUCCCCUGCAAACCAAGGCCGAGAGUGAAAGUGCAAUGGGCUUCAUCAGUGUUUCUGAAUCAGAGGGCAGCAGCCAAACGGUAUCAUCCUCUUCUUCCUCUUCCUCACCAACCAGCCUCUCUUCACUAGUCUUAACACAAAACCACCAACGCCAGGAGUCCCUCCCCCUGGCAGCGUCUCUGUCAUCUGCAGGCAUGCUUAUCUCCAGUUCUGCAGGGGAGCAAGGGGAGUAUAGCGUCUCUGCUACUGCUCCCUCUACCAGCCUCAACCCUCCUAACUCUGUGAUUUCCUCCAGCAACUCCACCCCUCAGGUUUUCUCUCUGCCCCAGGUUGUGCCUUCCAUCCAGGGUAUACCAGUAUCCCACCUGGUUCAGCACUCUUCAGGAGCCCAGGUGUCCCAGUGCCCUCAGCUGGUCCCAGUAUCCCCCCUCGCCUCGCCAACGCCUCAGUUUCAAAGCCCCCAGACUCUGAACACAGGAAACAGACUGGCACAGCAGCAACAGGAAGCCUCGGCAGCUAUGUCUGAAGGUGCCACAACCAUAGUUUCCAUCUCACCGCUCAACAACAGCCAGCUCCCCCAGCAUGUGAUGCAACAACUGGGGGAGCAGACCACAAACUGUACACCCAGCAAAAUCCAGACACCGCAGGUUAUUUCCAUCUCUUCCCCUACACAAGUCGUCCCAGUCCCCCAGGCCAAAGGUGGCACACCGGCACAGCUCGUCCCGCUCUCUGUGCCCCAGCUGGUACCAGUCUCCUCCAUCCAAACUUCCUCCACCAUCUCUUUCCCACAGGUGGUACCUGCCAGUCCUUCUAUCUCCAUCCCUUCUGCCCGAGUGCCGUUACAGAUCCUCACUUCAGCUCCUGCAGCUGGAGGGGUCCCACAGGCUCCUCUCAGGUUAAACCAGCUGAGGCCCAUUCAGAGCGUAGCUCCUCCAGCCAGCACGGCCCCUACGGUGCAGCUCCUAAACUCCGGCAUCAUUCAGCUACCCUCUACCCCUCCAGGUAACCUUCUCCUCGGUGGAAGCCCCUACCUGAGUGUCCAGCAAGGCAAACUGAUUCUGACCAUCCCAGCAGGCAUUCAGCUCACCAGUUUGCCGCUGAAACCAGUCCCUGACGCUUCCACCAUCUCUACAAACGGAGUGAUCCCCGUUCUUAACCCUUCUACCCUUCCCGUAGCCUCACAGCCUUCAACACCAACGCCCAGCAGCCUCGCCACAUCAUCUCCCCUGAACUUCAUCAACUCAUCUCCACCAUACUGUGCUCAAGAGACUCCCAUCCAAACCAGCCAAGCGCACGCCAUCCCCUCUCCUCACCCGCUGGACCCAACGGCUACCCCGACAACGCAGAAUGCUCUGACUCCAGAAAGCAUGCUCACCCUCAGCCCCAUGUACACUGGAGUGACGCCAAAUAGCCAAAUGCCCCAGCCAGUGUGGAGCCCAGUGCCCCUCUCCACUUCAGCCAGUUUAACUCUGUUUGACGUCCGCACCAAGGGGGACCUACCUGUGGACCCAGCCUUGUUGGGUCUACCUGGUGGGGAGUCACUGCUCCUGGGCAGCCCCUCUCCAGAGCAGGAUGUGGAAGCCAGCUCGCCACUGGGGAAUCCAGAGGAGAUCGAUGGAGAAUCAAAAAUCCUUACUCAGCUUCAGUCUGUCCCUGUGGAUGACGAUCUGGGCUUAUAGUUUAUAAAACUGGUUCAACACCACAGAUCUGUUUGUCUUGUUUGGAUGACUUGAAACAUUUUUAUCCCACAUCAUGCAUCAUAUAAGAUCACCAUAUUUUUUUAUAACCUACAGCAGCAAUUCUCACUCAGUAGACCAGGUGCCAUUGUGGUGCUAGCUGGAACUUCCAGCUCUCUUUAUUAUGAAUGGGAUUAUUCACCUGCUGGUUCAACAUCAGAUUACUCCUCUCAGUUUGGAUUAGGAAUUUUUUUUUUUUUUUUUUUUUUUUUUACUAAAAUCAGUAUGUGCCUUGCUUUUUAAAAAAAAAAGAAAGAUCAGAUCCGCACAGAUGAUUUAAGGAUUAAUCUGCUUUACUCACAAGUCUUGGUGUUAGACCAAGACUUGUGAGUCAUGGGGUCAGGGGUCAUGGAUCCUUCUUGUGGUUUUGUGGACUAACUCAGCUCUACUACGUCUGGGUUUCUGAUAUAGAUCCACAACAGUGAUACACUGUUCAAAAGGGAAAAAUCUUUAAAUGGUUCCCCCCCCGUCCUGAAUUCAGCUUGAAUAUAUUCUGCCAUAAUAAUAAUAAUAAUGAUAAUGGAUUGGAUUUAUAUAGCGCUUUUCAAGGCACCCAAAGCGCUUUACAAUGCCAUUAUUCAUUCACGCUCACAUUCAUACACUGGUGGAGGCAAG